UAGAUUUGGGAAUCAUACUUCAUACUCCAUCGGUGUACCAGUUGAUGAUGUUUACAUAAUCUCAGAAAAUGUCAUCAGCAUCGUUGACGUUACGUGAACGAUCGAAAAUUUGAUCCUUCCAAAACUGUUCUCGAAUUGAUAUUACUUAACAUGCGCGAAUCAGCUGUACUGUAGAGUUGCAAAAUUAUCGUUAUCACGUUGAUCAUCAUCGCAUUGGUCGAUCUCCCCCGUAAGCGUGAAAAAGGCCGAUUCUCUUAUGUAUUUUGUUUACGUUUAUGUUGUGUAUGCUCUCACGAAUUACUGAGAAAUCGCAGCGCAGCGGUUAGCAGCGUUGGGUCUGCGUUCCGCCACUGCAACUUCAUUCAUUUUCCGAACGUCGAACUGCUUGUACGGUUUGUUUCCCCAGCGGUCUUGGCAGAUGGUUGAUGGUGUCGAUUGCACAAUUUUUCGUGAUUUAUAUCAUAGUUUCGCCAGAGUUCGCAGUUUUGUAAGCGGGGAGGAUCGAACGAGCACCGGUGCAUCUUCUGAUGGAGGUGUUCACAUAUCAGUGAUUUGAAUUCGUACAAAAUGUGCUUUGGAAAUGUAAUAUGUUGAAACAAAACCAGUGAAUAAUACGCAUUUUAGUGAAAAAUUGUAGGAAAAAAGUGUAAUUAUACGGAAAAAAUGGUGAUACCCGGGAUCCCCUUCAUCAAACUGAUCCCCCUGUUGGGAGGAUCAGCGCUCAAGGCUGCUCCUGCUGUCACUGGAAUCACGGCCACCGUUGCAGCUGCCAUCAAAACUGCUACGGCCAUAGUGGGCGUUGGCAAACUUGCCAUCAUCCCGCUCCUGGUGGCAUCCUUGGCGUACUACAAUUACGAUUUGUUCGAUCCCGAGAAUCGGCCGUUCAAUGUGCAAAGUGUGGAACGAGAGUAUGAUUUUAUCGUAGUUGGAUCAGGAUCGGCGGGGGCUGUGGUGGCAUCCAGGUUGUCGGAGAUAGGUGAUUGGAAAAUUUUACUGUUGGAGGCGGGAGGUCACGAGACUGAGAUUUCGGACGUACCAAUUCUGUCGCUGUAUUUGCACAAAAGCAAGUUGGACUGGAAGUAUAGGACACAACCACAGAAAACGGCAUGCCAAGCAAUGAAGGAAAACCGAUGCUGCUGGACGCGGGGUAAGGUUCUUGGAGGAUCUUCGGUUCUCAAUACCAUGCUGUACGUUCGGGGGAACAAGAGGGACUUUGACCUUUGGCAAGCGCUUGGCAAUCCCGGCUGGGGUUAUGAGGAUGUGCUGCCUUACUUCAAGAAAUCCGAAGACCAACGCAAUCCCUAUCUCUCGAAAAAUAAAAGACAACAUAGCACAGGUGGUCUUAUGCAAGUUCAGGAUGCACCCUAUUUGACACCACUAGGGGUCUCGUUUCUUCAAGCCGGAGAAGAGAUGGGUUAUGAUAUUGUGGAUAUAAAUGGUGAACAGCAAACCGGAUUCGCCUUUUUCCAGUUCACAAUGAGACGAGGAACAAGAUGUAGUUCGUCCAAAGCGUUUCUACGUCCGGUGCGGAACAGGAAGAAUUUGCACGUUGCGUUGUUUUCUCAUGUUACAAAAGUUAUCAUGGAUCCAGAGAAUAAGCGUGCUCUGGGUGUGGAGUUCAUACGAGACGGACAGAAGCAUGAGGUCUAUGCUACGAGGGAGGUUGUCCUGUCAGCUGGAGCUAUCGGAACUCCCCAUUUGCUGAUGCUAUCGGGUAUUGGGCCGAAGGAAAAUUUGAACCAGGUUGGAAUUCCGGUGAUACAUGAGCUGCCGGGUGUAGGGAAAAACCUUCAAGAUCACAUUGCUGUGGGAGGAUUGGUAUUUCGAGUAGAUCAACCAAUUUCGGUGAUCAUGAACCGAUUAGUCAAUUUGAACUCUGCCAUUCGAUAUGCUGUUACGGAAGACGGGCCUCUGACAAGCAGUAUCGGAUUGGAAGCCGUUGGAUUCAUCAACACAAAGUAUGCCAACCAAUCGGAUGAUUGGCCGGAUAUUGAGUUCAUGUUAACCAGUGCUUCCACCCCAUCGGACGGAGGAGAUCAGGUCAAGAAAGCCCAUGGUUUGAAGGAUGAAUUUUACGAUUACAUGUUCAGCGAAAUCAACAAUCAGGAUGUGUUUGGCGUUUUUCCUAUGAUGUUACGACCCAAGAGCAGAGGAUUCAUUCGACUACAAUCCAAGAAUCCUCUGAGAUACCCCCUGCUGUAUCAUAAUUAUCUGACUCACCCAGAUGACGUUGGAGUUCUUCGGGAAGGGGUCAAAACCGCUAUUGCUUUUGGAGAAACCCAAGCUAUGAAACGUUUCGGAGCCAGAUUUCACAGCAAACAGGUGCCCAACUGUAAGCAUCUACCAGAGUUCACUGACGAAUACUGGGACUGUGCCAUUCGUCAAUACACCAUGACGAUCUAUCACAUGUCCGGAACGGCCAAAAUGGGCCCACGAGCAGAUCCGUAUGCCGUGGUUGAUCAUAAGUUGCGCGUGCACGGCAUAAAAGGGCUGCGAGUUAUUGACGCCAGCAUAAUGCCACAGAUUACCAGUGGUAAUAUCGCUGCACCCGUUGUGAUGAUUGGCGAAAAAGGAGCAGACCUGGUCAAGGAGCUGUGGCUUCAACCGUCGAGGGGGAAAAGGGAGCAGGUUUUGACAGCGAAUAAUACCGUUCCCAGUGGUUCAGCAGUUAAUGAAACGACUGUUAGCUAGUAUAGAAUAGUAAUAAGAGUCAUUACUUUAACACAACAAGCCAAAACGCAACUAAAGGUAAUUCUUUUUCACUCUAGGCAAUAGGCAAACAAAAUUGUACUUGUAAAUAUUGUAAUUUAGUCGAAUUUUUACAAAAUGUAUACUACACACUCGCUUGGAAGUUGUUCAACAAAAAAGAUGUAUCUCGUGAAAUACUCAUGUGUAUUGUAAUGAACACGACUGACUAUUUAAGGUUGUAAUAUUGUAAAUUCUUGAAGUACUGUAAGUGAAAUUGUAUGAUAUGGGGAAUAAGAAUAAAUAAAACCAAUUGAAUGAGAGUAUUCAAACUGUUAUACCGAUGGUAGUGAACUUCAUUGUUUGAACCAUUGUUGUUUUUAAUGUAUUAUGUGUUAAAGUUGUUGUGCACCCGUGACCGAUAGACGAUAGACGCUUCCAAUUGGGUGAAAAAAAAUUUCUUAUAGCUUUCUAUGUUCAUCAAAUUAAACUCAUUGCUUCUCUUCUGAAACGUUUAAACCACUUUUCACACAUAUUUACCGAUGGACUAUAUUUUGUGUUCGACAGCAAACGUUGACUAUCAACUGCCUUUUUCUCAAAAAAAAGGUAAUAGAGCUCCCCCCAAAUGGCAUUUUCCGGUAUAAAAUUCGACAUUAUCAAUAUUAAUUGUUGUUUUCCCAAAACUUUU